AUGACUGAAUUUAAAAGAGACAUAGUACGAGAGCUUCAUGCACGAGCUCGUCGAAAUUUUCCAAGACGUGAAGUUGAUAUUCGAGAUAAGGAUGAAACUUGGCAAGCUGAUCUUGUUGACAUGAUUGAACACUCAUCUGAUAAAGAGUUGCUAAUAAUUGAGGGUCCGGAUGCAAUAACACGUCGAGCGCUCGAAGACAAGAAAAUGCUAUGUUGCUUACCACCAGUGACCCAGUUACUUGUUGUUUCGCGAUUUUAUGCAACAAGUGCUUUUAUGCAAGUAAUUUAUAGAGUUUUAAAGGUAAUAGCAAGUUUACAAGGUGAAUUUAUACGAUUUUCAUCAACACUUGAAGAAAUACGUUUAGCACAGCCAAAGUUUUUCCGAAAAGCAGCUUUACCUGGUAUCGUAGGAGCCAUUGACUGUAAACAAGUUAGGGUUGAAUCAUUUGGUGGAAAUGAUGCAGAAUUGUACCGGAAUAGAAUAGGUUUUUUUUCAAUAAACGUACAAGUUGUCUGUGACGCAGAUCUUGAGAUUAUUGAUAUCGUAGCAAGAUGGCCAGGUUUAGUUCAUGAUUUUACAAUUUUUCUGAACUCAAAUAUUCAUACGAAUUUUGAAGCAGGAAGAUAUGGAGAUGCAUUACUUGUUGGUGACAGUGAUUAUGCACUCUCGUCUUAUCUUUUAACACCUUUACGAAAUCCACAAACACCUGCUGAAAAUUUAUACAAUGAGUCUAUAAUUAGGACACGAAACCCUAUUGAACGCUGUUUCGGUGUUUGGUCUAAUCGUUUUUACAUUUUAAAUUCAUCACGAUUUCGUCGAGUUGAUCGUAUACUUGUUAUUAUUGUUGCUACAGCAUUACAUAAUAUUUGCCGCAGGAUGAUUCCACGUGAUGAUAAACAUGAAUAUAUUGAUGUGGAGCAGUAUGCACAGUUUCAGGAUACUUUAUGCAUUCAUCCCAAUGUAAAUUUGAGACAGCAAUUGAUAGAUACACCCUUUGGCAUAUUGCAGUAA